GGUAGUUUAAUUCGGGGUGACUGUAAAGAAUAUCUGUGACGUGUUGGGGAUCUUUUAUAAGGAAGGUGUUCGGCGAAAAAAGCACAUUUGCUGCCCGGCGCAUCAAACUAGAAAAAAACGAUAAAGGCACCAAUCGUGUCGCUAACCGGAACUUUCGUGCACUCGGAACAACACAAUAAGCGUUCACCAUGCCGCAAAACGAGUACAUUGAGCGUCAUAUCAAGCUCCACGGUCGUCGGCUCGACUAUGAGGAGCGCAAGCGUAAGCGAGAGGCUCGUGAGCCGAAGAAGCGCGCCGCCAUGGCACGCAAGCUGCGCGGCAUCAAGGCCAAACUGUUCCAACGUCACCGGCGCAACGAAAAGAUUCAGAUGAAGAAGAAAAUACAGGCACAUGAAGAGAAGAAGGUGAAGAAAACCACCGAGAAGGUGGAGGAUGGUGCGAUCCCACCGUACCUGAUGGACCGGGGCAUCCAAUCCAGCGCCAAGGUGCUGUCGAAUAUGAUCAAGCAGAAGCGCAAGGAGAAGGCCGGCAAAUGGGACGUUCCUAUCCCGAAAGUACGCGCCCAAUCUGAUGCCGAGGUGUUCAAGGUGAUACGAAGCGGAAAGACGAAACGCAAAGCCUGGAAGCGAAUGGUUACAAAGGUGACCUACGUUGGUGAGACAUUUACCCGCAAGCCGCCCAAGUACGAACGGUUUAUCCGUCCGAUGGCGCUUCGUUUCAACAAGGCCCACGUAACGCACCCGGAAUUGAAAGCCACGUUCCAUCUGCCUAUUAUUGGCGUAAAGAAGAACCCAUCGUCACCGAUGUACACGAGUCUGGGCGUCAUCACGAAGGGCACCGUAAUUGAAGUGAACAUUUCAGAGCUCGGCUUGGUCACACAAUCUGGCCGGGUGGUGUGGGGCAAGUACGCCCAAGUCACGAACAACCCAGAAAACGACGGAUGCAUCAAUGCGGUGCUGCUGGUGUAAAGCGGUGCCUCUCCAAAAGUGGAUUGUGAGGGAAUUGUGGAUUUUUUCAGUCUAAAGAGGGGGGACAUUCACAUAAGAGGACUGAACAGAUAUCCAUUAAUUUAUGUUUACACAUUCUUACCAGAAUAGAUAAAGAAAAACCAGAGACAAAUGAUUAGGGGUUUCUAUUCUCAAAACACUAUACACAAGGAGCAGAUAUAUUUUGAUGAACGCAUGUAAAUUGCGCUUUUAAGAUAAAGUCCGAUCUUCAAACCACAGGCGUUCACCACCAACCGGGUGUGUGUUCGUCAACAAAAGAAAUAUUUAACUUCAUUAUCAUUACAAUCUGCGUUCAGACGG